GAUGUCUCUCUCCCAGUUCAACGUCAGUGUUGUUUUUGCUCCCUAACGAAUACUAUGGGAAGACAGAGAAGCCUCAAGCUGUUUUGAAGAUUGUGCAACAAUGCUUGGGAGCCUACCUGCUUUUGCUUGAGUGCUUUCUUCCCUCACAUUUCACAGGAUGCAACAGGAAGGGAAAUACAACCGAAUCCGACAGCCCUGGUAAUUGGACUCGAAUCCUUCGUAUGCCCUGGGGGUGAGUUAAUUCGUUCAGCUGAGGCGAUUUCACGCCAGAAUGCAGUCUCCGAACAAGGAUGAUUGCGCUGCCUGCGCCGCGCAAAUGCAUGGUGCCUGCCUGGCAGAUCAACUGCUGCGACAAAGAGCCAUGAGCCACUCCAGACACAUGGGCAAGAUAAGGAAAAGGCUGGAGGAUAUCAAGAACCAGUCCCCAAAGCUGACAAAAGCGGAUUUCAGCCACAACGAAAGCAUAAGGUUGGCCACCGACGCCUUCCUGGACGGUGGGACAGACUCUUACCUCGAAACUUUAAGCAAAGAAGGCGAGGUGGAUUUCCUCUCCUCAGUGGAAGCUCAGUACAUCAAGGAUAACGCCAGGGAGUCCUAUUAUGCACAGGAGUCCCUGGCUGCCGACGGGGCGACUGCACCAAAGCAGAACGAUACCGGGUCACUCCCUUCAGGGACCUACUUCCCCACCAUUUCUGACAGCAGUGAGCCAGCUCUGCUGCACACGUGGAUUACAGCAGAGAAGCCCUAUUUAAAGGAAAAAUCCACUGCUACUGUGUAUUUCCAAACAGAGAAGAACAGCAACAUUAGAGACAUCAUACGCCGGUACAUCAACAAGACCACUCAGGUGCUAGCUAUCGUGAUGGAUGUGUUCACAGACACUGAGAUUCUUUGUGACCUCCUGGAAGCAGCUAACAAGCGCAUGGUGUUUGUCUACCUGUUACUUGAUCAUGGCAAUAUAAAUCUCUUCUCGGAGAUGUGCGACAAGUUGCAAAUUGCUGAGGAUCUCUUCAAGAAUAUUUCAGUCCGCAGUGUUACUGGAGAGGUUUACUGUGCCAAAUCAGGCAGGAAAUUUUCAGGACAAAUACAGGAAAAAUUUCUUAUCUCUGACUGGAGAUACGUGCUCUCUGGAUCUUACAGCUUCACAUGGUUAUGCGGCCAGGUUCACCGCAACCUCCUCUCCAAGUUCACGGGUCAAGUUGUGGAGCUGUUUGAUGAAGAGUUCCGACACCUUUACGCACUGUCCAAGCCAGUGAGGGGACCAAAGUCUCCACCACGUACCAUGCCCUUCCUGUUCAGGAAGAGCUGGGCGCCCCAGCGCAGCCUUCCCUACAGCAACGAGGAAAGUGCUAACACUCUUUCUGAUCCCUUCAGCAGCCUCUCAGCUGGCAGCACCCACCAGACCAAGCAAACCCCAAGAACUCUCAUAUUCAGCAGCAACUUCACCCCCCAGUCACCUCUCCAUAGAGUUAAUUCCUUCCACAGCUAUGUCUCAUUCACAGCCCCACCACCACAGAAGGCCAUCCAGGCUAACUACUAUCAGCCGCACUACGUGGCCGAUAACUCCGCAGUUCUGUACAACAACAUGAACAUUUACAGACCUAUAAGACUUAGACAAGAGGAACCAAACAGGACAGGGUUAAGCUCACCCUGGAGAUGCCUCCACAAAGCUAACCUGUUUGCAUAA